AUGAAUUUUGAUAUAAGAGAAAGAAAGAUCAAUUUUUCUCAAAAAAUCACUGAAUUUGGGGAUAAAAAAGAAAAAGAGAAGAAGUAAAACAAAGAUAUUUCAUUAAGAGUAGAUGAGUUAUUUGAGUAGAUUGAAUAUAAUCGAAACAAAGAAUAAGAAAGUGACAGAGUAUUUCCAAUAAUUGAUAACAUCUAAAGAAGAUAAUUUUAGUAUUCAAAAUAUAGAACUGAAGUAUUAAGUAAUUCAUGUAAUAAAGAUAAUUUGGUAUUAACAAAAGUGUUGAGUUCAAUGCCUCUUUAUAAAUAAGAAAAAAUAUAUGAGUUAAAAAAAUAAGGGUUAAAAGAAUUUUUUGAAAAAUAGCACAACAAAACUAAAAAUCUAAAACUUUAGUAGUAAGUUAAAAAAAAGGAUUCUCAAAUUGAAGAAUAAACUAAAUUGAUAAAUGAUUAUAAAUAAUUAGAUACAUCCUAAAUUUAAAGUGAUUCAGAACUUGUUAUUAGAGCUGGAUUGAGAAUGAGAAGUCCAGAUGAAACAAUAACAUUUUUAAAAAACCAUUUUGGAGUAAUCGUUAGAUCACCUCAGAAAUCUAAAUUAAAAAGUAGAAAAGAAUUAGAUUAUGAAGAGAGGCAGAUGGAGAAAGAUAGAAGAAAGCUUUAUAAUGUUAAGGAUAAAUUAGAAAUUUAUUAUACAACUUUAGAAGGAACUAAUCCUAUGAUAAAAAGAAAGUAAGAAGAGUAAUAAUAAUUAUUUAACUAAUCACAAAUGCUAGAUUAUUCAAAAUCAAGUGAUAUAACUCCGAUGAACGAUAAGGAGGGGAGGAAUAGUAUUUUUAAUAGAAACUAAUAUUAUGUUGAUCAUUAUAAUAAUAUCAAGUUAGGAAAUAAUAAUAUGAAGGAUGUGAAAAUGAGAAGUACAUUUUAUAAGAGCCACUUGGCAAAUGAUUUAAAUGAUUGA